AUGGCAAAUCGUACCGAGAAAACCGCUAAAACCGUUAAAGGAACUAAUCCACAAUUUUUGGUGGAAAAAAUCAUUCGCCAGCGUAUUUAUGAUAGUAUGUACUGGAAGGAACAUUGCUUCGCAUUAACAGCGGAAUUGGUUGUUGAUAAAGGAAUGGAGCUGCGGUAUAUUGGAGGAAUCUACGCUGGUAACAUUAAGCCGACCCCAUUUUUGUGUUUGGCGUUGAAGUUGCUUCAAAUCCAGCCGGAUAAAGAAAUUAUAAUUGAAUUCAUCGAACAAGAAGAAUUCAAAUAUAUCCGAGCUCUUGGUGCCAUGUAUCUCCGGCUCACUUUUGAUUCCGUCGAGAUUUACAAAUAUUUGGAGCCUCUUUACAACGAUUUCCGAAAAUUGCGGUAUAUGAACAAGAUGGGAAGGUUUGAAAUCAUUCAUAUGGAUGAAUUUAUUGAUCACUUGCUACGUGAUGAUCGUUAUUGUGAUAUUCAACUUCCUCGUUUACAGAAGAGAGUUGCUCUAGAAGAAGUUAAACUACUCCAGCCCUACAAAAGUCUUCUUGAUGACGAUCUUCUCGGAAUGAGUUCAUCUGACAGCGAAGAAGAAGAAGUUAAAAAGGAGAAACCACGAUUAACAUCAAAACGACGAAGUCGUAGUAGAGAUCGCGAACGUGAUGUCGGUGAUCGUCGCGAGGAUUAUGAGCGCGAACGAAAUCGCGAAAGAAAGGAUCGAGGAGAGGAAGCCAGUUCAAGCAGAAGAGAUCGCGGUGACCGAGAUAAGGACCGCGAACGGGAUCGCAGACGAGAACGAAGUAGAGAUCGAGAGAGAGAUCGCGGUGAUAGAAGAGAUGAUGAUCGCCGGGAUCGUGAUCGUGACCGUAAGAAGGAUCGAGAUCGUGAUGACAAAAAGAAGAAUUCGAAUAAAGUUGAUGAGGAGCGCGAAAUUGCUGAAAUGAAUGCGCUCCGGGCUAAUCUUGGUUUGGCCCCACUCGAACGAUAA